UCGACCUCGGGAAACUUGACCCAUCGCCUCGUCCAUGAUACUGUUGUACAGCUCUAGUGCGCAACUCUUGCACCAGUGGUACGCGGGAGCAGAGGAAGAUGGCGACAUCCCUUGGAGCAAACACAUAUAACAGACAAAAUUGGGAAGAAUCAGACUUCCCCAUCCUUUGCCAGACAUGUCUAGGAGAAAACCCAUACAUCCGAAUGACCAAAGAGAAGUAUGGAAAAGAAUGCAAGAUCUGUGCACGACCAUUCACUGUAUUCCGCUGGUGUCCCGGUGUCCGUAUGCGUUUCAAGAAAACAGAAGUGUGCCAGACGUGUAGCAAGAUGAAAAAUGUCUGCCAGACCUGUCUUUUGGACCUGGAGUAUGGUCUGCCCAUUCAGGUGCGAGACACUGGCCUGUCUGUCAAGGAUGACAUGCCCAAGUCAGAUGUCAACAAAGAGUACUUCACACAGAACAUGGAAAGAGAGAUCCAGAUGUCGGACGGCACACGGCCGGUGGGCCUGCUGGGCAAGGCUCCGGGCCACAGCGACAUGCUGCUGAAGCUGGCCCGCACCACGCCCUACUACAAGAGGAACCGGCCGCACAUCUGCUCCUUCUGGGUCAAGGGCGAGUGCAAGAGAGGAGAGGAGUGCCCCUACAGGCACGAGAAGCCCACAGAUCCAGACGACCCCCUGGCGGACCAGAACAUUAAGGACCGUUACUACGGCAUUAACGACCCGGUGGCCGACAAGCUGCUGAAGCGGGCGGCCGCCAUGCCUCGCCUGGACACGCCCGAGGACAAGACCAUCACCACCCUCUACAUCGGAGGCCUGGGGGAGAACAUCAACGACUCAGACCUCAGGAGCUUCUUCUACCAGUUUGGGGAGAUCCGCACCGUGACGGUGGUGCAGCGGCAGCAGUGUGCCUUCAUCCAGUUCGCCACGCGCCAGGCCGCCGAGCUGGCCGCCGAGAAGUCCUUCAACAAGCUCAUCCUGGGCGGACGCAGGCUCACUGUCAAGUGGGGCAGGUCCCAAGGAGCUAAGGGACGAGAAAAGGACCAAGACGGGAUUCCCGACCCAGGCAACAGGCUCGAGCCUGUACCAGGACUUCCAGGAGCCCUUCCCCCACCCCCUGCUCCAGAGGAGGAGGUACCCGCCAACUACUUCAACCUGGACCCAUCUACCUCGUCGGCAGCCAUGAACAUGCCCCUGCUGCCCCCCCCCGGCAUGCCCAACCCCCCACCUCCAGGUUUUGGACCCCCGAUGUUCCACCACCACCACCACCACCACCACCCCAUGGGACCGCCCCCUCCCCCUCCCAUGGGCCUGCGACCCCCAGGCCACAUCCACUAUCCCUCCCAGGAUCCUCAGCGCAUGGGCGCCCACGCCAACCGCCACUCGGCAGAGUAACCACCAGAGCCCACUAACUAACCAGCCCUACUGUCAGCUCUGCCCAAUGACGUUACAGUACCAGCUUUCCGCCGCUGUUCCCAGCCUAACGUCGUACCUUUUGACUUGGUCUCACGCUUGAUGGCGAUGCUGAGAUGAAUGGUCUUGGUGGUGGUCUUUGAUGACUUGCCAGUCGGUUCAUAUACAAAGCAGUAGGUUGUGGUUAAUGCUUAACACUCCCAGUCCUUACCUGUUGUGUCAAUGGAUGACCACACUGUUGGCUGAAACUGCUGCUAAAUAUACUUGAUGUUAACCGUUGCGUUGCUAACCUGACAAGACCGUAAUGGCAUGAAGGCUGACAGGAGAACAAAUGUUUUGGAAGAUCAGUCACAGACACCUGAAGGGUUGAUGGGUGUUUUCAGCAAUUUAUACAGUGUUAAUUUAGUAUUCCCACGUACCUGCAGUUUUUGUAAACGUGGAAGUGUGGAUAACUGUAGUUUAACAUUUCCUUUCAAAUCAAGCCCUGGACGACCCCUGGAGUUUAAAAUGUUUGAUCUUUUCAUUUGAUUUUUAAACUGGGGUAUAGACUGAACAUCUAAAAUGAGGAUUUCACUGUUUUGGAGGAAUAAUUGGUCCUUUUUUCGAGAGUUUUAGAGUUGUGAUGGAAAUUCAUUAGAUACUAUGUGGUGGCUCAUGCUAGACAUGCUAGGUAACAAUUCCCCACAAAAUUCAGGGCAAAAAAGAGACUAAAAUACAAAAGCAGAUAUACACACAUAUUGCACCUGUCACGGCCCGUGUAAAACAAUAAAAUAUUCCUCUUUCACAAGUCA